AGGUGACUCAGACAUCAUCGACGACGAGUCCGAAAAUGAGGAGAUGAAUGACAGCAAAGACAGCGCUCAGUACAAUUCUGAAGCCAUCGAGGUGAUGCCAGAUAUAAAGAUCCAGCCACGCAUCCCAGUCCAAGAGGCUUCUCUUUCGCUUGCCGCACCAGCUGACAAGCCUGAGACAGCCAAGAAGGAUCGCCGAUUUGGGUUCUUCAGUAAGGAGAAGAAACCCAAAGAUAAGCUGGACAUCAGUGGUGCGAAGGAAUUCAUGCAGAUUCAUUUCACGUUACGCAAGUUCUACUUCGAUUUGCUUUACCCUCCUGGGCCAAAUGGACGGCGACGAGCUAUGCUGCGACUGGGAGCCUUGUGGUUCCAAAGCCUUGGUGCUCGUGGGGCACCUUACCGGUUGUGGUCUUGCUUGGCGCCUCCACUGGUUGUAGUUGCGCUUCCGGUCGGUGAUACGAUGUACAAGCAUCCAGCUCUUGGCUUGCAGGUGCAAGAGGCGAGCGCGGUCUUCUCCGCUGCACCGAAGGAUGGCCCAGAGCUUCGAACCUUCAUGCUCUUUGACGAGCAAAUGAGCCGGGAGAAGCAAAAGAAAGCUGGACUGGCAAGGCCUGUUCUGCAGCUGCGUGCUGCCAAGCUGAAGCCGAAUCAGAUGUCGGAAGCCGAAGCUCGGCAAUCCCCAUGGGGCCGCAAAGGUUCCAAGUCCAUUCCAGCUCCCUGGAGGAUAGGUGUUUGUGUGGAACCAUUCCGUGCAACCAUUCUGAAAUCCUUCGUCCUGCGCGUGAAAGACUUCUUGCUUUCCUAUUUGACAGUUCCGAACCUCGACCCAGCAGAGCUGACAAAGCGUGCGCAGCCAGGGGCGAGGACCUUGGAAGACCCUUGCCAUCUUUGGGUGCAAUUGCAGG